AUGUCGAACAAAAACCGUGGAAAUCCCCGCGACGCGCCGGUGCACGUUGGGUUGCCACCGAUCGAGCCAGACCACAGCGCCAAUGGGCACGAUGAAGAGGCACAGCUACUAAUCACAGAGGAAUUUGAAUAUUUCGAGCACGAUGGCUUGCCGACUCCGCAAACGCGUCGGCGCACCAGACUGGCCCGCUGGCCGAAAGAUCUCGGAAAACCUCGGAAGCUGAGAAUUGAACCGUGGUUUCCAAUAUAUCAGCGGUAUCCUCUCACAUUGAUGGAACACUUUUUGACUACAUCAUGGGCUCGCUCCGCUGCGCUGACAUUAUUUUUGCUGUCGUGGCUGAUCGCGUUCUUCGUACCUCUAUAUUUGGGAACAAUCACGCUGCAAGAUCAAUUCGGUCAGAAUGUCUUGAAUCUCGAUUGUGUUGACAGCCCGUGGGAGAAGAAAAACGUGUGCGGACUUGAUGGCAUUGAUUGCAGGCCGUUCUCCAAUACUUCCUUUGCAUUCCGAUGUCCAGCUAGCUGUCUCGGCGUUCAGGUCUUGAAUCCUCAUGCCGUUGGUCCCUUGGAUGUUAAUUACCAAGCAUUGGUUGUAGGGGAUGCAUCUUAUCGGGGCGACUCGUUCAUUUGUGGCGCAGCCAUUCAUGCUGGUAUCAUAACUGACAGUGAAGGUGGCUGUGGUCGCCUCACAUAUAUUGGCCAGGUCGAUACGUUCGAGAGCUCUUGGCGAAAUGGGAUCGAGUCAAUCCCCUUCGAUUCAUAUUUCCCUCUGUCGUUUCAGUUCUCCAGCGAUCAAAGCGUAAAUUGCACUCAGGACCCGCGGCGACUCUUGCUCGCUGUCUCUAUCUUAUUUACCAUCGUUCUCUCCCUCUUCACUUCCUCGCCGUCCCUGCACUUUGGGAUUACUUUUACUGGUAUCUUUGCUCACGUCAGCCUGGUAUCCGACCCUCCUUCAGCAGCCUUUCACAAUACGACGGUCCUUCCCGAUCGCAUCUCGAUAUUUGCUGGAAGGUUCCUACCUGCAGCCUUCAUUGCCUUCGUUCUGUAUCGAACUUGCAUUACGAAAGCAUUGGAAGGUCUUGAGGCCCAGGUUGAGAAGACGUUGUUUUGGCUUGGAGCAUUCUGGAUCGGUGCCCUAUCAAACUAUACCUUUGACUGGAUACCAAUACAGCGUCUCACAGCUGAUGACCUGGAGAAGCAACCCGGGGCCAAACUCGCCCUCGCUAUCAUCGUGACGGUCAUCGUAAUCAUAGCAACACAGCAAAUUUACUGUUUCUUCUUAGAGCGACGCUUGCUGAGAUAUCUGGGGCUCUAUGGCCUCUUCCUAGUCGGCUUGUUGGCCUGUUUCAUGAUACCAGGUGUUGAGCUCCGUCUCCACCACUACAUCUAUGCCCUUCUCCUGCUUCCUGGCACGAGCGUUCAAACACGAUCCUCGUUGCUCUACCAGGGUUUACUCCUCGGCCUUUUCGUCAAUGGCGCUGCACGAUGGGGCUUUGCGUCAAUACUGCAGACUUCCGAGGCCCUCCGCGGUGACGGCUUGCUGCGCAGUAACAUACCAUCAAUCUACGAACCUACCAUAUCCUCUAUGCUGGACAAAGCUACCAUCUCAAUUGCCUGGAUGACAGAGCCUUCUGCCAUAUUUGACGCCAUCAGUGUCCUCGUCAAUGACGUGGAGCGAUAUCGUGGGGAUAUUCGUGAAACUACGUCAACAAACUUCACUUGGGAACGACCAGCAACCUUAGCAAUGCCUGAGUACUUCCGAUUUGCAUUCAUACGCGAUGGUCAGACUUUGGACUAUUCUUCAGCCGGUACCUGGUUCCCAAAUGGGACGUGGUACAUGAGAAAUACCACACAUACGAAAAGUGCACUUUAA